UCUGUUCCCUUUUCAGACUCAGUGUGGACUCUCCCCAACAACACCACCCCCCCAAAUUCCUUGCUUUCUUUUUCCGUUUUCAAUUCCCCAAAUCAUGUUUCCGAUCCAUCUCCACCUCUCACGCUCCCAUCUCUUCUCCUUUCAAUCGCCUUUACUGUAUGUGACAUAAUCACACAGCUGUAAUCGGAUUUUCGUUUGGGACCAGAUGUAUAGAAUGUGCCACUACUGUGGUGCUGAAUUGGGACAACCUAAAGAUGAAAAGAAGGAAAAUGAUAAUCUGAAGAAAUUACAAUCAGAUAGGGCUUGCAAAGCUUGUGCAGAGAAACAGGAGCGAGGAUCUAUCAAGCAGAACAGUGUGAUGUCUAUGCCAACGAUCAGUCCAGCGACUUCCCUGUCAAGCUGUGAUAGUUCUGUCUCCAAUUACAGUGAAUUCUCUGUUGACGUCAGCUCAUUUGAUCGUACGGCAAGCACGAAUAAUGACCAGUUAUGGGAACCCCCGCUUGCAAACACUUCUGGGUCAUUUAGUGAACCUGAGAACACAAAUGCUUCAGAAGUUGAAAUGGAUGACUGGAUAUGGGAUCCUCCUGAACCUGAUGACCCAGAGGAUGAUGUGGAGGGUAGUGUGGCUUUCAAUGAUGAUGACGAUGAUGAGUGUGGUGAUGGCAUGAAAUGGGGCAAACCAAGUUCGUUGAGUCCCUCUAAAGAUGAAGGAAGUGUGAGCUAUAAGUUUAAAGAGGAAAAACAAAGCGCAAUGGAUGCAAUUAUUAAUGGAAAGUUCAGGGCUCUUAUCAGUCAACUUCUUACAUCUGUCGGUGUUGUUGGAUCUUCUGGGGAGGAUGGUGAAAGUUGGGUGGACAUCGUUACUUCUUUGUCCUGGGAGGCUGCUUCAUUUUUGAAACUCCAUGCUGUUGUCGGUAAAGCAAUGGAUCCAGAUGGUUAUGUCAAAGUAAAAUGCAUUGCAACUGGUGAUCGCAGCCAAAGUCAACUGGUAAAAGGUAUGGUCUUCAAAAAGCAUGCUGCACACAAGCAUAUGCCAACUAAGUACAAGAACCCGAGGUUGUUGCUAAUCCAGGGAGUUCUUGGUCAAUCUUCAAGUGGAUUGUCCUCAUUUCAUUCAAUGGAGCAGGAACAAGAAUACUUGAAGUCUGUCACAGAAAUGCUAGAAUUGUGUCAUCCAGAUGUGGUAUUAGUGGAAAAAACUGUCUCUCGUGAUAUUCAAGAGUCUAUUCUCGCAAAGAAAAUGACACUGGUCUAUGACAUGAAGCUUCAUCGGCUGCAGAGGAUUGCUCUUUGUACUGGAUCACCAAUUUUUUCAUCAGAUACAAUGACAAGUCAAAAGCUAAAGCACUGCGACUGUUUUCACAUUGAAAAAUUUAUGGAGGAACAUGCUGGGGUGGGUGGAGGAAAGAUGCCAAGUAAAACAUUGAUGUUUAUUGAAGGAUGUCCUACACGCCAGGGUUGUACGAUUUUGCUGAAAGGAGCACAGAAUGAUGAACUGAAGAAGAUCAAAUGUGUAGUGCAGUGUGCAGUUAUCUUGGCAUAUCAUUUGAUACUUGAGACUUGUUUCCUUGUUGACCAGAGAGCAAUGUUCACUGCACAUCCUCUAUUUGGUGAAGCAAAUCACUUAUCCAUGGAACUACCAAACCAGUUUUCCAUCGGUAACAAAUCUUUUAAUUUGGCAUCUGGUAAUUCAUGCAUUCCACAACAUAUGGAGUCAAGUGGUGAAACUGAGUCAGAUGCAGUUGGCGUUCCCAUUUCUGAUGGAUUGCAUGACGGUUCUCCCCAAACUGCUGACUUGGAAUUACCAGGUAGCCCUACAUUGUAUGAACCAUACAAUCCUGUUAUAUUUUCUGGCUUCCAGUCCCUUUCAGCAUCACUAAAGAAAGUUAUAGGGGAAAGCUUGCCCCUGGCAUCUACUUCUUAUCACUCUUUGACUUCUUACUUUGGAUUAAAUGGAAGAGAACUGAAUGAUCAGAUUACAAACUCUGUUUCUAUUUCGACAUCUCCAGAGGCGACUGAUCAGUGUGAUGUGGAAGAUAGAGGGAGUUGUGAUGAAGAGAGAUCACUUAGGAGUGGAGAAAUCCAAACUCCAUUUACUUGCACUGAAUCUUAUUUGGAGACUGAAAAUGAUGGCAGAAACAAUGAAGACCCAAUAGAAAGCAAGAAUGGCAUUAGCAGAUUGUUGGAUUCCCAGAGUAUUUUAGUUUUGACAUCGAGAAUGAAUGCUUUAAGAGGGAUUAUUUGUGAACAAAGCCAUUUUUCUCAUAUCAUGUUCUACAAGAAUUUUGAUGUGCCAAUCGGGAAGUUUCUACAGGAUAAUGUACUGAAUCAGCAAAGCCAUUGCACAGCAUGUGGUGAGCUACCAGAAGCUCACUUAUAUCGUUAUGCACAUCAUAGCAAACAGCUUACCAUACGCGUUAGACGUCUUCAUACUGGGAAUUUGCCUGGUGAAGCAGAAGGGAAGCUUUGGAUGUGGAGUCGAUGUGGUACAUGUAAAUCUCUGAAGGAAAAAUCAAACUGUACAAAUCGAGUCUUGAUUUCCAGUGCUUCGAGUUAUCUAUCAUUUGGAAAUUUCUUGGGGCUCCAUUUUGCAAACCACUCUAUGUCUAAUAGACUUCCUAGCUGCGGCCAUUCCUUGCACACAGACUUUCUGUACUUCUUUGGAUUAGGUUCCAUGGUUGCCAUGUUCAUAAACUCGCCGGUCAAAAUUCAUGCUGUGUCUGUGCCUCCUCCGAAACUUCCAUUCAGCAAUUCAAUUAGACAAGAGUGGUUUGCAAAAGAAAUUGCGAAUGUAUUACAUAAAAGAGAUAUGUUGUUAAGUGAGGUUGACAAUUCUUUGAAGAAGAUUAGGUCUCAGUUUGAUGGCAUGACUUUAAAACUGCAAGGAUCUUUGAAACAAUUCUCUGACAUUGAAGAUAUGCUAACUCAAGAAGAAUUGGAGCGUGAGGUAAACAUUCGCAAUGCGGUCAGAAACUCAGACCAAGCUGCUUACAAAGUUCUUGGCUUUAACCGUGUACAUUGGGAACUUCUUCUUCAAUCAUGCAUUUGGGAUCUGCGGUUGAAUUCAUUACUGUCACCACCUCCGAUGAUGAUCCAUUCCAUGCCUUCGGAUAAGGUAAGCGGAGAAGUCAAUUCAGGUCCUCAUGGCACUAUGGGAGAAUGUUUUUCCGAGAGAAUUAUGGGAAGAGGUGAAAACUGUAUUAAUGGUUCUUCCCAUCCAAAAGUUGAGUUAGAUAUAUCUGCAGAAGAAGAUGAGUUUCUAAUUAAAGAAAUUCCAAUCGGUGGUUCUGUUGAAGAAUCUAAAGGAGUUGAUCAACUUAAUGCCUCUACUUUCCCCAAGGGUCAAGAGACACCACAUGUGGGUGCUUCAAGCCCAAAAAGAUACGCUGACCACGAGUCUAAUUCUAGGCCCAAUGGUUCUACUGGUCGUCAUUUUGACAAAUAUCUGGAAGGGAAUAUUACUUUGGCUAAUGAAGUAGAUGGAGGUAGGAAAAUUCCUGCUUUUGGGGAAAAUGAGGAUGGUUCUUCUAUUCUUGAUUCAAGUCUAUCUCUGAAGGGUACUUCUCUGCACUCACGAUUAUCCAACUUUGACAGUUCAAGUGAUUGGUUUUGGGCGCCCUUCUCUGAAAUUCGACAAGUAGAUAUGAAGGAUCUACAAAGAGUCCUUCCGAGGUUUGAACCUUUGAGUAAGUAUACGUCAGAAUACUUGCCCACAGCAUAUAAGUUGAUCACAGAGGAAGGUCAAAUGUUGCACAUUCCUCUAGGAACUGAAAAUUAUUUAGUGUCGGACUAUGAUGGUGAACUGUCAAGUGUGAUUGCUUGUGCACUGGCCUUUUUGGAAGAUCCACCUCAGCAAACAGAUAUUGAUUACGAGACUGGAAUUGCUUAUAGAACAUUUGAGAGUUUACAAAGUCUGGCUCGAGUUCCUACUAAUACAUUUUUGCAUCAGACCUCAAGUGGUUCUUUAGGUUCUAAUUCAAUCCAUUCUAUGGCAAGCAUUUCUUUUGAUGAGUCACGCUUCUCUAGUUUUGAUGGAUUGAACUUGUUGGAUUCUAUGGUUCCAGCAGGAGCCCACCCAAUGGUAACUCUAAGAGUUGCCAAGUCACUUGGCAAGGAGAAGUAUACUGUAUUAUGUCCAUAUGCCAAUCAGUUUCGCAAACUUCGGAAUCAAUGCUGCCAAUCGGAGGUUGAUUAUAUUGCUUCCCUUAGCCGUUGUAGAAAUUGGGAUGCUAAAGGUGGAAAGAGCAAAGCCUUUUUUGCCAAAACAGUUGAUGACAGGUUGAUUAUAAAAGAAAUUAAGAAGACAGAAUUUGAGUCAUUUGUUAAGUUUGCAGAUGAUUAUUUUGAGCACGUGAACAAGUCAUUUGAGAAAGGGAAUCAAACGUGCCUUGCAAAAUGUUUUGGAAUUUAUCAGGUGGUUGUGAGACAGACGAAAGGUGGGAAAGAGAUGAGACAUGAUCUGAUGGUUAUGGAGAAUCUUACAUUUGGUCGGAACUGCACCCGCUUGUAUGAUCUUAAAGGUGCUCUUCAUGACCGAUUCAAUUCGGCUCCUGAUGGUUCGGGAGAUGUGCUUCUGGAUCAGAACUUUGUCAAUGACAUGAACUCAUCACCAUUUUAUGUUAGUAACCAAGCAAAGCAAAAGCUGCAACGGGCUCUGUGGAAUGACACGUCUUUUCUCAAUUCGAUCAAUGUUAUGGAUUAUUCAUUGCUCGUGGGGAUUGAUACAGACAGAGGGGAGCUUGUAUGUGGCAUUAUUGAUUAUCUGAGGCAGUAUACAUGGGACAAACAUCUAGAGUCGUGGGUAAAGUCUUCACUUGUACCAAAACAUUUGUUGCCGACUGUUAUCUCUCCUAAGGAGUACAAGAGGAGAUUCAGAAAGUUCAUGUCAAUAAAUAUAUGGAGUGUCCCCAAUCAUUGGUGUUCCUCAGAGCCUUCUGAUCCUUGUGAUGAAUGUGCUGCUAGAAAUACUGAUUCUUCAACAAAAUCCCAAAGGAAAGGGGGCUUAAACAGUUCUUUUCUGGCCGCAGUUUUAACUGGUAUCAUCAUUACCCUUUUACAAAUAUUUAGUGGGGUGCUGCUCGCACAGCUUUAGAUACUGUAAAUAGUUGGUCAUCUCAGCUCUGCCCUGUUAUUGUGCAAUUUUUAGCAAAUUUCUGGGGAUAGUGUCAGUGGUAUAGGUCACAAUGUGCAGAUUACAGUAUAACUCUUUUGUAAAGUGUAUGGAUGGAGUAGAGUUGUCAGGCAUCAAUGAACAAUGUUGCCGUUAAUGUUGGUACAUCACAUUCUUUCUUGUAUAUGAAAAUUAUGUUCUUACU